AUGUCCACCAUAUCUCCUCCUCCACCCCCAAUCACUAGCCCUACCCAUUACUACCUAACUAACAUCGGCCUCGGUUACGCCAUCGCCAUCGCACUUGGGUUUCUCGUCCUCUUCGCCACCCUCCUCCUCGCUUCCUACAUCUGCUUCCGCCACCGUUACAGGUACCAGUACCAGCAUCGCCACCAAAACCAAAACCCUAGCGAUAACGGCGUAAUUCUACCGAGUAUAAUCUUCGUAGAUGAAAACAACAACGACAACGACGAUGAAGAGCAGAACGCCGUCGUAGGACUUGAUCAAGCAGUGAUCAACUCAUACCCUAAGUUUCCGUUCUCGAAGGGAAUUGAUUCUUUAUGCGCAAUCUGUUUGUGUGAAUAUAGGGAGGGGGAGAUGUUGAGGAUGUUACCUGAUUGUAAGCAUUGUUUUCAUUUGACUUGUGUUGAUGCUUGGUUGAAGCUUAACGCUACUUGCCCUGUUUGCCGGAGUUCUCCGCUUCCUACGCCUUUGUCAACUCCGUUGGCGGAGGUUGUUCCUCUCUCACAGUAUUCCGACGGACGUCGCCGGAGGAUGUAA